AUGGGGCUCCUGGACUCGGAGCCGGGCAGCGUCCUGAACGCGGUGUCCACGGCGCUCAACGACACCGUGGAGUUCUACCGCUGGACCUUGUCCAUCACAGAUAAACGCGUCGAGAACUGGCCCCUGAUGCAGUCCCCACUGCCGACGCUCUGCAUAAGCACCCUGUACCUCCUCUUCGUGUGGCUGGGUCCCAAAUGGAUGAAGGACCGAGAGCCUUUCCAGAUGCGUUUAGUGCUCAUUCUCUAUAAUUUUGGGAUGGUUUUGCUUAACCUUUUUAUCUUCAGAGAGUUAUUCAUGGGAUCAUAUAAUGCAGGAUAUAGCUAUAUUUGCCAGACUGUGGAUUAUUCUGAUAACGUUCAUGAAGUCAGGAUAGCUGCUGCUCUGUGGUGGUACUUUAUAUCUAAAGGAAUCGAGUAUUUGGACACGGUGUUUUUUAUCCUGAGGAAGAAAAACAACCAAGUCUCUUUUCUUCACGUGUAUCAUCACUGCACCAUGUUCACCUUGUGGUGGAUCGGAAUUAAGUGGGUCCCAGGAGGACAGGCAUUUUUUGGAGCCCAGAUGAAUUCCUUCAUCCAUGUGAUUAUGUACUCAUACUACGGGUUAGCUGCCUUCGGCCCGUGGAUUCAGAAAUAUCUCUGGUGGAAACGAUACCUGACCAUGCUGCAGCUGGUUCAGUUCCACGUGACCAUCGGGCACACAGCACUGUCACUGUACACUGACUGCCCCUUCCCCAAGUGGAUGCACUGGGCUCUCAUCGCCUACGCCAUCAGCUUCAUAUUCCUCUUCCUUAACUUCUAUGUGCGGACGUACAAAGAGCCCAAGAAAGCAAGACCUGGAAAAACAGCGGCGAAUGGUAUUUCAGCGAAUGGUGUGAACAAAUCCGAAAACCACCUAGUGGUAGAAAAUGGCAAGAAGCAGAAAAAUGGAAAAGCAAAAGGAGAGUAA